UGCCACGAUGAACAAAAAGUUCUUGACGCAUGUGUCGAGGAGAAGCUCCACCUGACUCGCCCAAAAAUGGGUUACUUUAGCAAGUUACAUGUAUACGAGAGCAAACAUCCAGCUCCAGAAGUGAAAGUUCGUGACUACAAGGCAGAGGCAGCCAAAGUGCUAGCAGAGCUGCCAGACGACUACCAUUUACGAAACGAUUACAGGAAAAAGUGUGAUGCUUUGGUAGAGCAGCGUAAUAUGGAGAGCUACGUAAGAAGUUGGAAAAAUGUUUCAUGGGAGAAUGUUCAGCUCCGCGUCGAUGGUGAGAUAAAAGCGAUUGGCACACGACAGGAUGAAGCAGAAGAAGGCCGUAAAAAAUUAGUUGAAGAAAGUAACAAGUAUCGACAAAAUACUGACAAGCUAUUGGUUCAAAAAAUUGAUGCGAAAUUAUGUGAAUUAGUGCGUAACCCCUCCAUCUCAUCGAGCCUCUAUGUGAUUGCCUAUGUGCGUGUUGUGUUGCAUCUAAUUCUACGCCAGCUGCGGCAAUGCUGUAUAUGGUUCGAUGGAUUAUUAUAUCGAGCAGAUGGUCAUCCCGCAGCUCAAUCAUCAAUCAAUUAA